GUUUUUCUUUUUUGGUUUUCUGGGAUUCGUGUAGAUAAGAUGCGAUCGACUGCUGGACUUUUACUUUGGGCCGGUGCGCUCUUUGGCACUUCUUGUGUGAAUGGUCUUACAGAAGAGGUUUUCGCUGCCAUAGACAAGCAAGACGACGGACUUCGCACUGUCAACAACGAAGUAAGAAAAGUCUUAGAUUCCUCGACUAGACCUACGAAGCUAACGUGGAUCAAGAUUUGGGAGAACCCGGAGCUAGGCUAUGAAGAAAUCCACGCGCACAAAACCCUCACGGAUUUCCUGGAAGAGCAAGGGUUCAAUGUGACGAGGAGCGCGUACAACAUCAGCACUGCGUUCCGUGCCGAGUACUCGAGCGGCGAGGGACGCGCGGUCUCGUUCAACUCUGAAUUCGACGCGCUUCCUGGCAUCGGCCAUGCGUGUGGGCAUAACUUGAUCGCGACGAUUGGUGUCGCUGCCGCCAUUGGCGUAAAAGAAGCUUUAGAAAACCAGGGCGUAUCGGGGAAAGUAGUUCUGAUCGGUACACCCGCCGAAGAGUCCUUGGGCGGAAAAGUCAAGCUCCUCGAGGCCGGCGCAUACGAUGGUCUCGACUGCAGUUUGAUGGCCCAUCCAGGCAACGACAACUACGCGUCGUUUGGCCGGACGCUGGCGUCGUGGAGAGCAAACGUCACGUGGACGGGCGAAGCAUCGCACGCUGCUGCAGCGCCCUUCAUGGGCCGCAAUGCGCUCGACGGCUUCGUUUCCGCGUACUCGAGUACCGGGCUGUACCGCCAGCAACUCAUGUCGACGGACCGCAUCCACCAUAUUAUCCAGGGGAACAACGAGCUGGUAGCCAACAUCAUCCCGGAUUCCGUGGAUAGCGUGUGGGGAGUACGAGGAAAAUCAAGACCUCGCGCAGAGCAAGUCCGCGAGCAGCUCUACAGAAUCCUCUACGCGUCCUCAAACGCGACAAACACCUCGAUUGAAAUCACCCCUUUCCAGGACUACUGGGAUCAGAACCCGAGUUUCUCGCUGGCCAGCGAGUUCCACAAGCUCUUGGUUGAACAUAUGGAUCCGUCCGCAGACCCGGAGACGGCGAAUUUCACCGUCACGGCGCCUGAAGACGAGUCGGGUGAAGCGUCGGCGUCUUCCGACCAGGGAAAUGUGUCGUGGUUCCUCCCGGCGAUUCAAGUUGGAUUUCCGGUUGGUGGGACGGCGCCUGUUCAUAACGCUGGGUUUCGAGAGCUCGCAGGAACUCGCACGACCCAAACUAAUCUACGUCUUUCCUCGCAGGACUUUGCGCACGAGCAGGCUAUCAAAACAGCCAAAGUGCUCGCCUUGACGGGACUUCAGGUCCUGCAGAACGAGACUUUUGCAGAGGCCAUGUGGGAUGAGUGGUAUGAUAUGAUUGAGGAGAUCUCGGUGGGUCUUAGCGAGGGGAGUGCAGGGAACAAUUCUACGGGGAACUCGACGAGGAAGAGGCAUCUUUCGCAUGUGCAUUAG